CGGAGUCCGGUCUUUACUUACGGGUAAGACUGGAAAUGCAAUACUCGGUGCUUUAUUUUAGGCGCGUGCUGCAUUAAUGUCCUCAACUUUAAGUUUUCGUGUACUUCUCAUCAUUCUCUGCUGUUAUUUAAAUUAUAUCUUACAUCUACCCCCAGCUUUUGAAACCCCACUGUGAAUUGGUACUCGCAGGAUCGCUCACAUUUUCAUGUCCGAGGCGUUAUGGUGCCCUCAUCAGCAUCUCCACCAAUAUCCAAAAUACCCUCCGUCACCCCCGACUCGAACGCUUUCCCGCGCAUCCUCUGCCUUCACGGAGGCGGCGUCAACGCUGCAAUCUUCAAAGCGCAAUCGCGAUCCCUCAUUCGCCAUCUCCAACACUCCUUUCGUCUAGUUUGGGUCGAUGCACCCUUCUUCUGCGAUCCGCAUCCCGACAUCAUUAGCGUGUACGGCGCUUACGCGCCUUUUCGGAGAUGGUUGAGAUGGCUUCAUGAACAUGCUGAGAUCGACGCUGAUAGCUGUAUCGAGGAGAUUGGAUAUGCGAUACGAACAGCGAUGGAGGAUGAUCAUCGUAAAGGCGGCGUGGGAGAGUGGGUAGGCUUGAUGGGGUUCAGUCAAGGUGCAAAACUCUCGGCGAGUUUAUUACUUGAACAGCAAGCAAGAGAAGAUAAAGCGCAACUGGAAGGGAGGGUUGUCGAAACUGGCCUCACAAGAAUACCAGGGUUGAGUUGGAGGUUCGGUAUCCUGCUCGCAGGACGGGCGCCACUGAGCAAUCUGAAUCCGGAAAUAUUGAAAAGCGAGGCAUUGGUCAGCGCUGGAAACAUUUCAGAGGGGUUCCAAUUCUGCAAAGAGGUAAAUGGUGAGGCUAUUCUGCGUAAGCCUACGCUUCAUGUCCACGGUAUGGCUGACGUAGGGCUACCCUUGCAUCGAAAAUUGCUCCAUGAGUACUGCGAGGAAGGCACUACAACGCUAGUAGAGUGGGAAGGGGCGCAUCGCAUACCACUGAAGAGCAAGGACGUCGAUCGAGUUGUUGAAGCAAUAUAUAAUAUGGCCGAAAGUACUGGGGUUAGGGUUACCUGGACUGUAUUCUCAAAGUCUCCUCAACGUACGCGUUCAAUUUCUUCCGCCUAGGGUAGUUUAGCAGCAGCUCUCAACUAUAGUUUCCUAACUAGCCUAUUUUAAUAAAAAUAACG